AUCAAUUACUUGAUAUACCUGCCUAAAGAAAACUUGAAUGUAGAAAUGAUUCUCACAGAUGUGAGAUUAUACAAGUUGAGUUAAUACAAUAAAAAUGAGACUAGAAUUGAUAAACUUAUUAAAUGGUGAAAUGUCUCUACAAGCUUUUAGCGUGCGACAUCAUUAAAUCGAACAAAUUUUUUUAUUUGAAAUAGUAGCAAUCUUCAGAAUCAUUACUUGUGGUUUGUGAGACUGUUUAUGCAUCAUACUGUAACGGUUGAACAUAUACUCUACAUCUAAUGGGUUUCAGUAGCUGUGCAAGUUUGUUUUCUGUUUUGUUUCUUCUGUGUUGCUAUUUGCUACAAGUCGGUAUUGCCAUCGAAGCCAUCACAUCAUCCCAAUUCAUCAAAGACCCUGGAACUCUACUCUCCAAAGAUGGUAAUUUCACCUUUGGAUUCUUUAGCCCUAAAAACUCUACAAAUCGCUAUGUUGGAAUUUGGUGGAAGUCUCAAUCUUCAAUCAUAUGGGUGGCAAACAGAAACAAACCACUAAGUGAUUCUAAUGGGAUUGUCACAAUAUCUGAGGAUGGAAAUCUUGUGGUAUUGAAUGGACAAAAACAAGUAAUUUGGUCAUCAAAUUUGUCUAACACAACAUCACAUACUACUGCCCAGCUUUCAGAUUAUGGUAACCUUGUCCUCUUGGAAAGCACAGUAGGUAGCAUGUUGUGGCAGAGUUUUCAAAAACCUUUUGAUACAUUUCUACCAGGUAUGAAACUUACAAGAAACAAAAGAACAGGUGAGAAAGUACAACUCACAUCAUGGAAAAACCCUUCAGAUCCAUCUGUUGGAAGCUUUUCUAUUAGUUUUAUUGACCGCAUAAAUUUACACGAGCUGUUCAUUUUCAAUGAAACUCAGCCAUACUGGCGAAGUGGUCCUUGGGAUGGUGUAGUUUUUACUGGGAUGCAGAUGAUGACAAAUCCAUAUAUUAAUGGUAAUCAUGUAGUAGAUGAUGGGGAGGGAAAUAUUUAUAUAUAUUACACAGUACCAAAAGAUAUAUCACUGGUAGUCUACAAUCUGAAUUCGCAAGGCCAAUUAAUAGCAAAAUGGUGGGAUUAUGAGAAGAAAGAAUUACAAAUUAUACAGACUAGCCAACUAUCGGAAUGUGACAUUUAUGGUAUAUGUGGGGCAUUCGCAAGCUGUAGUUCAUUGAAGUUACCAAUAUGCAGUUGUUUGAGAGGAUUUGAACCCAGGAACAAACAGGAGUGGAAUAGACACAACUGGACUGGUGGGUGUGUUAGAAGGAUACUUUUGCAGUGUGAAAGGGUCAAUAAUAACACCACAAGUACAAAGAAGGAAGAUGGAUUUUUGAAAUUGAAGAUGGUUAAAGUUCCUGAUUUUGCACAAGGUUCAGCACUUACACCAGACAUAUGUAGAAGCCGAUGCUUAGAGAAUUGCUCUUGCAUUGCAUAUUCUCACACCGCUGGGAUUGGUUGUAUGUCUUGGACUGGGAAUCUAAUUGAUAUACAACAAUUCAAAAAUGGAGGGCUUGAUUUAUAUGUUCGUGUAGCCUAUGCAGAACUUGAUAAAGAGAGAAACACAACAAUCAUAAUCACAACUACAGUGAUUAUAGGAACGCUCAUAAUUGUCACGUGUGCAUAUUUUAUGUGUAGAAGGGCUGCUAACAGUCCGGAAGCUAAGCUGAAGCCCUCUCUUAAAUCAAAGAGGAAAAAGAACAUCAAAGCUUUCCAAUUCUUUAAUAAAGUUGGAACAUCAGAAGAUAAUACAAGCGACAGCAUAAUUAGAACGCUGUCACAAGUUAAACUCCAGGAGUUGUUACUAUUUGAUUUUGAAAGGCUUGCAAUUGCCACAAACAACUUCCACUCGUCCAAUAAACUUGGGCAAGGUGGUUUUGGUCCUGUAUACAAGGGAAAACUACAAGACAAUCAAGAUAUAGCAGUUAAACGACUUUCUAGAUCAUCCGGACAGGGGCUAGAAGAAUUCAAGAAUGAAGUAGUUGUCAUUUGUAAGCUUCAACAUCGCAAUCUGAUAAGACUUCUUGGCUGCUGUGUUGAAGGAGAGGAAAAGAUGUUGAUAUAUGAGUACAUGCCAAAUAAAAGUUUGGAUGCAUUUGUGUUUGAUCCAUCAAAAAAUAAACUCCUAGAGUGGAGGACCCGGUAUAACAUUAUAGAUGGAAUAGCUCGAGGAUUGCUUUAUCUUCAUAGAGAUUCCAAAUUGAGAAUUAUACACAGAGAUUUAAAGACAAGUAACAUCUUGUUAGACGAGGAGUUGAAUCCCAAAAUAUCAGACUUUGGUAUGGCUAGAAUCUUCGAAGGGAGAGAAGAUACAGAAAAUACUAUAAGGGUUGUCGGAACUUAUGGUUAUAUAUCUCCCGAAUACGCAAUGCAAGGACUGUUUUCAGAGAAAUCAGAUGUCUUUAGCUUUGGUGUUUUGUUACUAGAGAUUAUUAGCGGGAGAAGAAACUCAAGCUUUUAUGACAAUGAGCAUGCACUGACCCUUUUAGGAUUUGUUUGGAUACAAUGGAAGGAAGGCAAUAUUUUAUCUUUUAUAAAUACAGAAAUAUAUGAUCCUAGUCACCAUAAGUAUGUUGUAAGGUGUAUACACAUUGGACUUCUGUGUGUACAAGAGCUUGCUGUAGACAGGCCUAAUAUGGCUGCAGUAAUUUCUAUGCUUAACAGCGAGGCUGAAUUACUUCCUCCUCCAAGUCAACCUGCAUUUAUCUUGAGGCAAAAUAUGUUGAGUACAAUGUCUCACGAAGAAAGUCAUAGACGCUAUUCCAUCAAUAGUGUCAGUAUUACAGACAUCAGUGGCAGAUAGCAAACUAGGAGCUCUAAGAAUAGUUAUAGAAAGCGAUGGAGAUGAGGCCAAUGCUAGAAAUUAAUUUUUGAGAUGUGCACGAGGAUUUCAAAUACCCCCAACGCGACUAAAAUUCAUUCUUCUGAGUGGGAAACCUUCCUUAGGGAGGCAGAGCUGUUGGAGGUUGAUAACUUCAAAUAUGAACUUGGCCUGUAAUGUCUUUCUUAACAUUGUUUACUUUCUUAACAAGUGAGUUUCUUAUAUAUGUAUGGAUCCUAUAUGUACUAAAUUCUUAUGCUUUUAUGAUAAUUAAUGUUGAAUACUUAAGAAUAAUAUUGGA